AGAUAAUAUAAACUGAAUUAUAAUUAUAUACUUAUAUAAAUAAUUAUAUAAUAAUUAUAAUUAUUAUUAUUUGAUUAGCCUAACAGUUCUUAACACCAAGCUUUUGCCAGGCCGUAAGCAAUACCAAUGGUUAGUAAUUACCUGGACCAUUUUUAGCACUUAAUUUAAAAUAGUCGCAGUGUUCUCUCAUCAAUGUGUAAUUUCCAGAUUCGGAGCAGUGAGUUCAGUUUUAGCUGUGAAUGAUAAACUGAAAAGCUGAAUUGCCUUUGUUAUUAUGGCUGAAAUGGUUACAUUCCUGUGAUCAGAAUUUCUGGGAUAUUAGGAUGUGAAUGAUAUAGAGGGAAAUUUAUAGCUGCAAGUGUUUAAAUAUCGUUUGAUAGUAGAGGCUAAAUGUGGCCUAUGAAAAUUAGUUUAGCUGGCUGUUUCUAUUUCUUAGUUUCUUUUUCUUUUCCUUUUUUUUUGAUUUUAAUGUAUUUUCAAGGGAAGAUAAUAGAAAAUUGGAUUCUGAAGAUGUGUGGUGGGUCAGUAGACAAGUCAAAAGGGGUAUUUCAAAAAAGUAUUUGGAGGAACAUUUUGUAGAGUUGGGGCUUAUAGUAUGGAAAAAUACUAAGUUGAUGCUUUAGAAAAAAGUUGCUUUGCAAUUGCAGGCAUUUAAAUCAUCAAAGCACAUGAAUAUAUGUAUAACAUUUUAAAGUAUGCUGUGUGGUUAAAUGUUUGGGAAAAUACUUUAAAAAUGUGUUAAAAAUGUUGGGAUGUGGUGUCUGAAUCUUGUUAAGCAGCAAAUCUCAGCAGCAUAUGUAGUGUUUGGAUCCUUGGGCCGGGGUUGAGAUGCCUUACACAUUACUGUGAUUUAAUAAUGGCUUUUAGAAAUGUGAAACUGUUUAAAGAAGCUCUGCAGUCACAUUUAAAACUCAUCCAUCUUGUGAUUUAUGCCUCAGUUUUCCUCCUGCAUUUGGUUGUUGAUUAAAGAAAAAAGUCAGAGCAAGCUUACGUACUGUGGACCCAGCAAAGAUGUAAAAUACACACUAACCAUAGUCUUCAGAAUUGAUGUUUGUUGGCAGGUGUUUGUAGAAGUGAUACUCCAUUGUACUUUCUGAAAAUGCCCUAUCUCCCUGUAAACUCUCUGAGAAAUUAAAAAAAAAAAUCAAACCAAAAAAGAACCACACUCGUAUUUUGUAGUAGUCAUAAAGUCUUUGAGAAACUGUUUUGCCAUCUUUGACUAUAAAUCUUCGGGACUCUUUAGGGACAAAACUGUUUCUGAAUUUGGCAUUUUGUAUUCAUUGUUAACUGAAUUUGUAUUACCACCAUAUGAGCUAGGUAUUUUUCCUUUUUUAAGAGUUAGAAACUGUGGUUCAGAGAAGUGAAGUAAAAGUACCCAACGAGAGAGAUUUGGAAUUUGAACUCAGAAGUGUCUGACCCGAUGGUUGUAAUAAUCCAAGUUUUUAACACUUUCUGUUUUGUCUUUCACAUAGUGAAUUAAGCUAAAUGCCACCAACUGUGUUGGGCACUUACUGAACUAGAUCGUAAACUGCUUUCCAGCUUCUGGAGCUCUCUGGGCAGACUUUUCUUCUGUUGAUUCUCCCAUCACACCCAGGAGAAGAGGCAGGCUGAGAAGGUGAUAUUCUGGCUCCCUCCUACUUUCAUUGUGAUUUCGUUGAUCCUGGAAGGAUCAAUGUGACUCUAGAAACAAAUGGAUGAAUGAAUAUCCAUAUGAAGAGGAAAACAAUAAAGAAUAUCAACACCUUUGAGAACAGAAUGUUAAUGCUUGAUGGGAUGCCGGCAGUCAGAGUCAAAACAGAGCUUUUGGAAUCUGAACAAGGGUCUCCAAACGUCCACAACUACCCCGAUAUGGAAGCUGUUCCCCUGUUGCUAAACAAUGUGAAAGGGGAGCCCCCGGAGGACUCGUUAUCUGUAGAUCACUUCCAGACACAAACUGAGCCAGUGGACUUGUCAAUCAACAAAGCCAGGACAUCCCCCACAGCCGUUUCAUCCUCCCCAGUUUCCAUGACAGCGUCUGCCUCCUCGCCUUCUUCAACUUCAACCUCUUCAUCGUCUUCUAGUCGUCCAGCCUCAUCCCCUACCGUCAUAACAUCAGUAUCUUCAGCAUCAUCUUCGUCAACAGUAUUAACUCCAGGACCCCUUGUUGCCUCUGCAUCUGGGGUGGGAGGCCAGCAGUUUUUGCACAUUAUCCAUCCCGUACCGCCGUCAAGUCCCAUGAAUUUACAGUCUAACAAACUGAGUCACGUUCACCGCAUCCCUGUGGUGGUACAGUCAGUGCCUGUUGUCUACACAGCCGUGCGGUCACCUGGAAAUGUGAACAACACUAUCGUAGUACCGCUUUUGGAGGAUGGGAGAAGCCAUGGCAAAGCACAAAUGGACCCCCGAGGCCUAUCUCCCAGACAGAGUAAAAGUGACAGUGAUGAUGAUGACCUGCCAAAUGUGACCUUAGAUAGCGUUAAUGAAACUGGAUCUACGGCCCUUUCCAUAGCCAGAGCAGUACAAGAGGUACAUCCGUCCCCAGUGUCAAGGGUCCGGGGAAAUCGAAUGAAUAAUCAGAAGUUUGCUUGGAAACCAGAAAGAGAAGAGCAAAUGAAGUCCAAUGAAAGCAGAAGAAACAUAACAAAAUGACUUGUUUGUCAUUCUGGGAUUAGUAUUUUUCACGUAAUUGUUGUUUCUUAGCUUGGUUUUAUACAACAUAAAGGCUAUUUAACAUUCACACAAUCAGGACUCAUGAUUCACUCUGGGAAAGCACCUUGAACUCCAGCUCUUUAUAGUUUUAAGUUGUGCAGCGUGCAUUUCCCUCCAUCACAGCCCUCUCCCUGUUCAACUUGUUCACGUGUAGAACUUGAAAAUAAUGGUUGUGUUAUAAUGAAACAGGCAGAAUAAAGGGCUGUGGGGAGUCAUUAAUGAAUAAUGCAGAAAAAAACCUGUCCUAAUAUUGAAAAAUACAUAUCUAUGCUAGCACCGGUACAAGUUAUGUUAUAAUUAACAUAUCAAAUUAAAAUGAGGAAAGAUCUUAUUUUAUAAGCAUCUAGACAAGCCACUGUCCUUCACAGUGAAUAUAUUUAGGCUAAAGAAUUAGCUAACCAAAGCUGUCUUCUAAAUAUAUAUUUGAAAGAAUAAUGACUUAAUAUUAGGACCUCAUCAGAAACCCUUAUGUAUUCUUGAAUGUGCUGGAAAUACCGCUCAGAAUUGUAAAUCUUAAGGGGAUUUCCCUCUGGGAAGGCUUGGGUACCAGCAGUUUUGUUUUGAUUUUCAUCCAUCAGUCUUAUUGGCAGUGUUACCUUUCUGGCCAUGGAGAUUUCUCAAUAUACACAUGGACAGUGAAUAAUUUUAACAUUAAAUACCUCCUCAUCUUACUAUAAUUUUUCUCAGCUGACUAGGUUUUCAUAAAGUUUUCACAUUCAUUUCCUUCACAUUGGCUAUGUAUUACGUUUCUUAGCAUGGAGCUAGAUUACCUAAGGAAGGAUCAGUAUCCUCAUAAUGUAUUUCUUUUCAUCAGUUUUAAAAGAACUGUAGCUAGUGUGUGACGUAAUUACCCCGACAGCACACAGGUUUUGGUCACAGCUGCUCCACAUAAGCCCUCAGCUAAUAAGUAGCUGGAGAACUGAGGACCCUGCUGGAACCCUCUGUCUGUAACCAUUACCUCUGUCUAAAUUUUCAUUCACUUCAGUCUCCUUUAUCACAUGAGGUUCUUUUGUUGCAAGUAAUGGAAACCAACUGAGUCUGUCUAACUUAAGCAAAAGGUAAUUUUGUUGAAGGACGUACAAGGUAGGUUACAAAGUCAAAGGAAAAACAGAGGAGCUGGGCAUCAGGAAACCCAGGGAGCAGGACAGCACCCCAGGUCCAGGGGGCAGGAUUGAAUAAGCAGGUGCAGAGCUAGAGGGAGUCAGCUCCAGCUCCUCGAUGACAGUAGAGGAAACCAGAGUGUGAUCAGCCAGCCUGGCGCCGGUGCCCAGCCCUUUGCCGAGUUGGGGAGGGUGCCUAGGUUAACAGUCCCAUUGAAACCAUGCAUCAUGAGGAGUUUCCCAAAGGAAGAGGAGGUGCUGGUACCAAACAGUGAUGGGAAAGACGAUGCUUCAUAAACCAGCACCGUCCACUUGCUCUGUUACCCAGUGAACUAGAAGCUGCCAUUAAAGGUAGUUAAUGAACUUAGUCCAUGGAGGCAAUCUUUUCUUACAUUUUGGAAGAUGAAGGCACUCCUACGAUUAGUAACUAAACUCAGUGGCUUCUCCCGGGUCUUACCCUGGAAUGUCCAAAACAUAAGAAGAAUCUUUCAUCAACAUAAACUUCCUUCUUAUUGAAGCUUAGAGUUUUUGAUCCUAAUCCAUUUAAACCAUCCAUUUUCCCAGAAAUCCUACUUCGAAUCACAUAUUUUAAAAUGCAGCCUUUAAAGCCAAACAUACUUAGUUAUUGUGAAAAGAUGAAUAAAGUAGAGGAACCUCCUAUGAAAUAAAUAAAGCUUGAUUCUACAAGCUUGGGUUCUGGUAUAGAUUUGUCACUGAAACAAAAUCAGUGCUUAUACUUCUAUUGAAUGAAUGAAUGAAUGAAUGAAUGGUGUCUGACCCAAAAUAUUUAAAUUCGGUCUUAGGAAGAGUGCAAAAGAGGUUAAUACUUGUCAUAGUGUCACCUUGAAAGAAAGUACUUCAUAAGACCUAGGUACUACUGACUGGGUGAUUUUUUUUUUUUUGACAAUUCUAGCAGUUACUAUAGCCUCAAAUAAGACUAUACUUCAACUUUCUUGGG